UUCGUCCUCUUGAUGCCCGCCACCAAAGCUCCGCGCUUCUCUCAGCCAUCUCACAUAUUCAUGCAUCUAGUCCUUUUACAUUUACUUUCCAAUCUAGUUUCUGACUCUACAAUCUUACAAUAUAGGCUUCUUCAAAAUGGGGGAAUCAAACGGAACAGAACAGCAGGAAAGCUCCUUUCCCUCUGGGACUAUUGCGAAGCUGACUUGCGAUAUACUCAAUAACACGUUCUACAACAUCAUCCAUGACAUCGUUUCCAAAGUCCAUCGCGACGAAAAGGUCGCUAGGAUGCGUUCCGCUGUGACAAUGGCUAGACAGAAAGCUGAGGAAGAAGCAGGCAGGCGCCGAGAGGAGGCAGGCGCCAAGCCAACCGCGUUAAAACCGGGUGAAGACUUUGAAGAACUCAAAAACAUUCGUGUAGAGACUGAGGGGGCUAUCUUCGAAGAUGGGAAGGUCUAUCUCAAGGGAAACCCCCUUCAGACUACCAAAGAAAUUAUCUGCCCCGACUGCCGAUUACCUCGUCUGCUCUAUCCUUUGACCGGGGUUGGAGCCCGUCCUCCCCCGGAUCCAUAUCGAGAAUAUUGCCAAAAACAACCGAUGAUCAACAAACCAGGACAUGACGUCCAUGGGAAUCCGUUCGCUACAGACAAGUUAAAUCCCAAGAAGAAGAAACAGACAAAUACUUCGAAUACGCCAGCAUCAAGCCCGCCUACAACGCCAGAUGGCUCCUUUAAGCAAGCAGCUCCGGAGAAGGUGUCGUUCCCGACGGUCAAAUGCCCUAAUUGCCCAAGGUACUUUGUUGUGACGCGAGUUGCACAGCACUUAGAUCGUUGUCUCGGUCUGUCAGGUCGGCAAACCAAUCGAAACAAAACGCCCAUGGAGAACGGCGCCAGCACUCCGAGUUCUGCUCCACCUAAGCGUCCAUUAGAUGAGGAUACCCCAUCGACUAUAACGAAGAAGAAAAAAAUUGGAGCCCCCAAAAAAUUAUCAGGGAAAAAGCCGCCGCCAGCUCCCAGUAGCAAACUUAAGAAUGGCGUGACACCCGACAUGGCGGCAGCCGCGGAUGCUGCAGCCGCCGGUGACGGCGAUGUUAAAAGCGAGGCAAAUGGCGACAACUGAUAGUCACUUCUUCUUCCUUUUCUUUGUUUAAUUCUGGCUUCUACAUUUCUUCUCGUGGGCAUACAGGUGUGUCUGCAUUGGGGACGGGGUUUUGGACAUAAGUCUCUUUUAACGAUCUGACGUAAAUACUCGGCAUCCAAGGCGUCAACAGGACUUACUAUAGUAUUAUUAGUCGAAAAGUCUGGGACAUCUCGGCAUCAUUAUUUUUCUCUCCUUAUUCUCCCUAUUCUUUCAUUUGUUAUGGCUACAUUGAAUCAUAAUCCCUUCGUUUGCUUUUUUUCUUUUUUGCUCAAGGGAUAGAUGAUCAUGUGGUUGUGUGUACAAUAGGUUUAGCUUGAUGUUCUAUUCAAAGGUUUUGCAUUCUUUCAA